CCGGUUCCUGUUCUGUGUUUAGGGAAGUGAAUCAGUGACUGCCCUCCAUCCGCGGCCAAGUUCUGAUUUUUAUAUGAAAAUCCUCCAAUCUGAGUCAAUUUGUUCUUCAUCUAAUGCAGUCGCUCAAGUGAAAGCGGAUGACUUUUGAGCGAAUGGACCAGAGAGACUGUUAUCCCCGAUAAGAGCAGCUCUCGGUUAUUCGUUUGCUCUUAAAGCCUCACAACGCAGCGUUCCGCUGACAUGUGGGAAUGGCAGAUUUUGAGUCUCAUAGGCUUAAUCUUUCUAGUUCUUUUCCUCGUAGCUGUAUGCUACAUUUUGUACUCUGGACUGACCACCGAAAUCCACAUCAGGACUGGUUUGCCCCCGGUCAGGAGCAUCACGAUAGCCUAUAAAUACAAAGUUGGACCCUAUAAAGACUGUGGCUCGCUGUUCAGAGAGAGCUGCAGCAUUGGACCCAAGCUGCCAUGCAUUGGGAUCUUUUAUGAUGAUCCAAAGAAGGUUCCAGCGCAGAAGUGUCGAUACGCGGUGGGCAGUAUUUUGAGUGAAGGUGAGGAUGCACCCAAUGAGGAAGAGCGGCAGUUGUAUGAGAAGCACUGCUUCCGGGUUUUCUCUUUCCCAGAGGUCACACAUGUCGUCACAGCCACUUUCCCUCACCGAACCCCUCUCUCCAUUUUUCUGGGGGUGCAGAGGGUUUAUCCACAGCUGAACUGCUACAUCAAGGAAAGGAAGUUGUGCGCGCAUCCAUUUCUAGAGAUCUACAAAGGAGGGAUGAUCCACUAUAUGAGUCCGCUGGCUCGGCAGGGUGAUUUCUAUGUUCCUGAAGUUAGAGAGGCUCAAAGAUGGUUGAUGGGAAAAGAGUCUGAAGAGGACAGGAGGACAGAUAUCACAGGUGCUGACUCCCACAGCGAGUGCAGCUCUGUGAGCCGCCAGCCCCCCUCGGAGAGCCGAGACACCUCACCUGCCCCGUCCAGAGAGCGCCGCUGGGACUCCCACCACGUGGAGAGAAGCGACACCUCCAGCGCUUCUUCCUUCGAGGAGCUGCUGGACCUCGACUGCGACCACACCCCUCCACCAAUCACAGCGAGCGGCAAGAACGACCUGCCGGGCCAGGAAAGAGAGAUGAUGGUCGAGGAAGAGUGAGAGAGCAGACCUGGGGGGGAAAUGCGAAGGAAGCGAAUGUAGUUUUUGAAAAGAAUGUGCUUCAGUCAGGACUGCUUUCCGUUCCAAAGCUAAUCGCAGGUACAGAGUCGUGUCUUAACCAGGUAACCUGACUUUCUUGAAAACAUCUUCAUAUUUCAUUAGUAUCUGAUUAGCGCGUUUGCCGUUUGUUGUUUUUGAUUGUUAUUUCCUAAUGACCUAAAGUUAAACUGACAUCGAUGUGAUUCUGUGUGAUGUUCAGCUUUCAAUGAUUUGAGUCUAAUUUGUUUUUCUCCAUCCACACAUUCUGUCUUCAUCCUUCAGUAAUUGCUAAUUCGUGCCCAAAGAUGCUCCCAAAACUGAAGAGUUAUGUGACUUGAAUAUUCAUUCAUCAAAAGCCAUAUGUUCAUAGGCAAACUGAAUCUUUAUUUGCACCACAAACUGACAGAUAAGAGUUCCUCAGGAGGGAGAUGAUUGCAGCACAUUUCCAACACUUUAUUUGUUGUUUGCAAUUAAAGCUGUUUGGAGCACAUAAUUAUCUCAUAUUUUUUCAUAUAAAUGGUAUUGAAUAUACUUGAUUUUUCUGUAAUAAUAUAA